GGAGAGGGCGGGAGAACUACAUCCCCCAGGGCGCCCCGGGCGGCGGGGUGGGGCGCUGCCCCCUCUCUGGGCACGGUGGGGCGGAAGCGGCGCGGCGGGGACGGACCGGGCCGGGGGUGCGAGGCGACGAUGGGCGAUCACUUCUUGGGAACUGGUGGUGGUGAAGAAACUGAAUGAAUGGAAGAGUUAAGGCAGACAGGGAGUUUGAACUUCAUGCUCUCCGCUUGCCACCAGACACAAACAACAACGGUGUCUCUGAAGUGACCUGGAAGCAUUGGAGCUGUGUGUCCUGGGGGGCUCUGAGGACCUCUGAAGCAGCAAGGGCGCAAUGAUGGAUAACCGUUUUGCUACAGCGCUGGUAAUUGCUUGUGUUCUCAGCCUCAUCUCCACCAUCUAUAUGGCAGCUUCCAUUGGCACUGACUUUUGGUACGAAUACCACACCCUGUCCCCGGCUGAGAACGUCAGUGACACUGGUAGAAUGGUCUGGGAGGAAUUUGUCAGUGAAGAGGCAGAUGAGAAGACCUACACGGAUGCGCUCUUCCGGUGUAACGGCACGGUUGGAUUGUGGCGGAGGUGUAUCACUGUGCCCAAAAACUCUCACUGGUACAGCCCACCAGAAACUGGUAUGACUACAAACUGCAUCAGUUUUUCCCUCUCUGAUCAGUUUAUGGAAAAGUACAUAGAGCCUGGAAAUCACAAUAGUGGCACGGAUUUGAAUCGAACUUAUCUCUGGCGACUGCAGUUUCUCCUGCCCUUUGUCAGCCUUGGCCUCAUGUGCUUUGGGGCUCUGAUUGGGCUCUGUGCUUGUGCCUGUCGCAGCCUUUACCCUGCCAUUGCCACCGGGGUCCUCCAUUUCCUAGCAGGGCUUUGCACGCUGGGCCUGGUUGGCUGCUACGUCGCUGGGAUCGAGCUGCUCCAUAAGAAGCUGCCCCUGCCUGAUGAUGUGAGGGGUGAAUUCGGCUGGUCCUUCUGCCUGGCCUGCGUCUCGGCACCUUUGCAGUUCAUGGCAGCCGCUCUUUUCAUCUGGGCGGCUCGCACCAACAGAAAGGAGUUCACUCUCCUGAAAGCCUACCGUGUAGCAUAAGUGCUGCCACAGGGUUUCCAUGUUAAUAGCCUGUUCUCCCCUCAACCCUUACUACUUUUUUUCUUUUAGUCAGGAUUUUACCUUCUACUGUGUGCUUCUUGCCGGUUGAGACAGUUUAGCCUGCAGGCCCUGAAGACAAAGACCUCUGGGCUAAAUGACCAAACUCUGCCAGAAGUCUGCAGAACUUGAACAUGUUUUAAAUUGGUUUGUUUUUUUUUUAAGAAUUAUUAUUGUUUUUUAAGCUUCAUUUGGUUGUUGAAUAUCCCCUUAGUUAGGUGUACAUGCCCCUUCCUAAUUUUAUUACCUUGAAGGAAAUAGGAGUAGUGGUGUAGGGUGGAAGAGAGAUAGGAAAAGAGAAGAUGCAGGUAAGCAAGGAUGGGAAAUGCAGUGCACAAAUAACAAAUAAUCGGGAGCUGUCUGCUGUGUGGCCCAAGCAGGCAGAACAUAUGGAGACCACCCAAGAGACAUUGGGGGGACUCAGAAACCUCUGUUAUGAAAUACUGUAGCUAAAUCAGUCCUGUAGCUUUGUUUGGGGUCUCUUAUUCUCAAUAGUUCACUACUUCUUUUGGCCUCUGGCAAAAAGGGUGCAGGUGGAGCAGCCAGCUGUGGGAGUGCCUGCACAGCACACCAUCCAGAAGUAGACAAUGCUCAUGUUUGCUGAGAAGUUGGAUAAGUUGGCCCACAUGGAGCUCUGUGCUGCUCUAGCUACACUGCUUCCAGGACCCAGGCUAGUUUGGUACCUGCACGAUAUGUGAUUGUGCACUCUAAUCUUAACUUGUGGUGCUUUUGCUUGCCGUGAAAUAAGGCUUUCCUCUCUCUUGCGUUGAAAAUGACCCUUCACAAGUUUUUUGGUUUUAAUUUGGUUUCGUGUACGUGUGUAUAUGUACAUAUAUAAACUUAACUUUUUUUAAAGCUCACCUAUUGAUCCUACAUAGCACACAACAGGGUUUUUUUAAAAGGUGCUGCUCUUUUCCUGUCUUGCCCCAAACCUAUUGUUUAAAUUAAAUAAUAAAAAAGUUCAGAAAUUUUCGGUGUUGCAUGAAUCUGAUGGGACAGUGAGGGUAUGGUCUGAAGUGAAUUUUACUUAGGGGAAAAAAAAGCCACUAUCUAGGUGGUUCUUUUCAGGGAAAUGUCAUCAGAAACAAAGAUGUUUGGUUAGAUUUAUUUUUUUAAUUAAAUUCUUGGACUCCUGCUAACUUUAAAUUCUCUUCUGCUCAUCACUGGGUGGGUGCAACACCCCAUAAUUUCUAUUUAGUUCACAGCUGCUGCACAUAUUUCUUCUAAAUCACUGCAGCUCUAGCCAGACCGAGUGGCAUGUAUUAUCUAGAAAACAAUGUUCCAAGACUAAAUUGUUUCAUUCUAAAGCCUUAACUCCCCUUGUUUCCUUACUCCAUGCUAAAUAGGAGAAAUAUGUCUUAGGAGAAAUAAAUCCCGACAAAAUGAGUGAGUCUGUGAUGGCAAGGAUUCUGUGAGAUACAGUUGAUGAGAAUGACACAGAAAUAUGCAUUUUUAUCUCACGCAUGGUUUUGGGGUUUUUUUGUGCUUUUGUUUUUUUUUUUUCAGUGGAUACUUCUACCCAGGUUGUCUUUGCUGGGUCAGCAAGUAGCCCCCUGAAGAUCAGGGUUAUCUGCUAGUAUUAUUUCUUCAUUUUUUUUAUCAUGUGUGUGAUAGGGAUCAACCUACUUCUUCUUUUAUUAUCAUCAUUGGAGUCUCUACAAAAUGAAAAAAAGGAGAAUUAUGAAAACUAGGAUGACUGAAAAAGCACCGGUAGUUCAAGAUAAUCCUCUUUCUUUUGCUGUUGAAUAAUUUUUCACCUUCCUUCUAAGACAGCUUCUUUCCCCCUCCACAAUAUCUGGGCCAGUUCUAACCCUGUGAUUCUGUGGUACUUCUGUGCAGUAUCUGAGAGUAAAUGAAAAUCUGUGCUGCUGAUACAUAGUGAUACGGUGCUUUUUCGUAGUCAUUAGUUAUCUCUGACUUGGGUAGAUAAGGCCUAGCUGCUCAGCUUCUCUGGUUGCUGAUGUGUGAGAAAUACUAGGGUAUACCAGCCUUAGCUCAGGUCAAACGGACUGGAAGGUGCUGCUCUGCACUUUGAGAGGAAACACUGCUGAUUAUUUUAUCUACUACGGUUUGGGUGUGUUUUUCUGUUUUUCAGGAGCUGGCAGAAUAGUCAUGUGAUUUUAAUCUGAGCAAUGGGAAUCCUCUGCGUUUGGUCUCUCCUCUUGUAUCGGCACCUAUUUUUCUGAAACGCAAAUCUCACUUUUUAUACAUUAGCAUUCUUGCUUCCAAAGAAUGAUUGUUACGGAGAGAAAAUGGAAUGUUAGAGGUGCUGUCAGUUCUUUCUUGAUUAUUUUAAGUAUCAGCAACCCCAAGAUUGCCUGCUUUUGUCUGUCUCAGAGAAAUGCCGCUGGCUUUCUCUGCCCUGAAAUGAAGAAAACAAGCUUUAAUUGACCCUUGAUUUGGAGCAUUUGCCUAAAAUGAGGGUCAUCUUUCAGGGUUUUAGUUGUUUGUUUGUUUUUUUUUUACCCUUGCUUUUGUUGUAAAGAUUGCUUCAUCAGAAUGGAUUUCAGUGAGAAGCAGACUUCAUCCAGGAAGAGGGCUACCCCUCUCCGUUGUCUGGGCUGAUGGAUCUGCUAUUUUGCUUUGUAACUGUGCUUUACUCAAGGUGUCAAGGGAGCAGGAAGAGUUCUUGGACUGCUAGCUUGGGUCCACUAAAUGGCAUUGGAGGAGGACAGAAAAAGAGAGUGGACACUGAGGAUGGAGUGGUUUUGUAACAGAGAGAUGAUUAAGCACACUAACAGAUCAUGAGACAGAUCUUGACCCCAGAGUGUGUGGUGCAUGCCCUUCACACCAGAAGGUCCUCAUGCCACAUUCAGAUGUUGGUUGCAUUCAAGAGAAGCUUGAGGUUGGUAUGUAUGUUUGUGGUCACGUACAUACAUGCAAAUGCAGACACCCUCGCUCAAAAAAGUGAAGAGUGCUCCAGCUCUGGGAAAAAGUGGUGAGAUUAAAGGCAGAUUUGUGUUCCUUGGUAUUUUGUGGUCUGACCAUGGGAGAUGUUUACUGGUAGUGGUUCAGUGUUGGAGACAGGGAUGAGAUAAAAAAAAGGAAUGUCCUUGUAUGUCUGUGUGCACAGGGGAAAUGGCACACAUCUCUAACACUGCUGUAUGGGCCGGUGAAAGUGAAGGGAAUACAUACCAAAGGAGAAGGAGAAACAGGAGGAGGAGUCCUGUCAGACUGAGUGUGAGAACCAAGGACUCUUGACACAGCAUGGGAUCAAUCUCCCAGGACUGCAGCGUGAGGUCCCCGUGUGGUACCAUGUCACCAGCAUGGCAAAGGCCACCUGCUGCUCCUCCUGCCCACUCGUGGUGCCGGCACAGCAGCAGCAUAACCAAGUAGGUGAACACUCCUCUCGUGCUUACAAGAAGCCCUUAAGGGUUCUGUCCCCUUAAUCUGAGGUGAGCAAGCUGUUCUUCAAGCAUGCCCCUGUGACAAUGUUCCUUCUUCACAGGCUUGGGCUUGUUUCCCUGUCAACCUAGUGAAACCACUAGGAAAGCAGGACUAGCAGAAAGCUGCACAGAGCAGUGAAGUGUUUAGUCUAGGUAGCAGCCUCUUCCUAUUUUUUCCUCGAAGUGACAUUUUCCUUGUCUUCUCCCGCCUCAUUCCAAAUAGCUCUGAGAAGGGGAUGGUCAAUGAAGCUGCAAAGAGGGCAUUUGUUAUUGUGGCUGUGACAGCUCCCACUGGUGUGAGAGAUCACUGAAAACUGAAGAAUAGUCAAUCCCAUUUCCUUACUUUAAUAAAAAAGCAGUAUAGAGCAAACACCAAAAAAUUGGUUUGUUGUGUAAAGGGGACAGUUUGCCACUUACGAAAGGCGUAAUACAUUGUGGGUGCAAGUGAUGGCAUAGUCUUGGAAUGACCCAAGGCCCUUCUGAUCUGUUGUGAUGCCAGAAACUUUGUGUGGUGAUCUAGUUUUCCUUCUGGAUUGUGUGUGCUGGCCAGGUGGCCAUUUCCUUGUGGAAAGUCUUGAGUCUUUUUGCUAUGUUGAUGAUGAAUGUCUCCUCUCCCCUCAUCUAAAAUGCUCUGAUAUGUUUUUUGAGAAAAGUGUUUGGGUUGGUUUUAGGUGUGGCGUUUUUUUCAUUUUUCUCUGUUCUUCGUCACUUAUGGUUGGCACCAAGUUAUGUACCAGCUCGCAGUCUGUCUCUUGCAGUGCUGUCGUAGUUCUGGGAUUCAAGGCAAUGAGUUCUGAAAACCUCUUUCCCGCUCAACAGCGUUGUGUGUGCUCAGCCAACGCCUGUGAUUCAAAGAGAAAACCUGAAACAUCAUCAUUGUAUCUUGGGCUGAUUGUCCACCUUUAUCUGUGUGUAUUUCCUGCUUGAGUAGAUUGUCUAUCUCAGCAGAGAGAGGAUAACAUCUUGAAGCUGCUUUUUUCUUUUUCUUUUUUUUUAUAGCUAGAGUUUUGUGCUUUAGAGCUCCUUUAUAACCUGGUUUCUGAUAGGAAAAGAUCAAACGUUUGCAUGUUUACUACCAACUCUUUUAUUGCUGUGGAAUAUUAUUCUUGCCCUAUAUUUUUAAGCUACAACUUUCAAAACUGCAGGGUGUAAAGUGAAGCCUUUGUUCAAGUUACAGUUCAGAUAUGUGACAGUUGAAGAAUGGAUGCUCUGUAACUGGAAGACUCUAUAGAUAUCUGGAUAUUGCAAUAACAGCCAUACACAAAAUUACACUUAACAAGCACCUCUCUGCCUACUGAUAUAUGCCAAACCUUUAUACAAACCAAUGACCACCGAAAAAAAUCUGACAACAAUAAUGUAUUGCACUCCUCACUCUUCCCUUCUAAAAUUACUACUUUUAAAAAUAACCAUAGGGACAGUGUUUUACUUAUUGAUCAGGUUAGAGCAAUGCGUGUCAGAUGUCUCUGUGCUUUCUGUGUACAGACAAGGGUGAAGGCGAUGAUUAUUGAUUUUUGCAGAGGAUCCAAGCAUCUCUGUAGCUUUGGGUUUUCUGAGGUAAAGAUUGAAAAUUUUCAAGAAAACUAGAACCUUUUGUUUUAUCAAAAUUAAUUGUUACUUAGUCAAAAAAAAAUGUUUUUUUUAAUAGCCACCUUUUUUUCCCCAGCUUUCUCAAGUCUUUCAUCUGCAUCUUUUAAAGUAUUCCCUACAUUAAAUGGUUUUAGAAUAUUUUCCUUUUUAGCUUGAAGUUUGCGAGGAUGAUGAUCUCCUGGUGUAUUUUGUAUCACUAUCUGAGAAGAGGAAACUCUUACAUAUGUAACUUUUACAUUACAUCUGGGCUAGUUCUCAGUGUCAAACAUGGAUAUUUUUAAAAAUUUGGAGUACCUAUUAAAAAUAAGAUUGAUCCAAA